UCGAGCGAGCGAGAGAGGCCAGAGACAGGCAGGCAGAUCGAGCAGGAUCAUCGUGGCCUGACCCCGUCCAUCCUCCCUCCCUCCGAUCCUCUCAGGCGAGAUCUCCUCCGGUCCUUCCCCUCCACCCCCAUGGCGGUCGCCACCUUCAGCGGCGACGAGACCGCUCCCUUCUUCGGCUUCCUCGGCGCCGCCGCCGCGCUCGUCUUCUCAUGCAUGGGCGCCGCCUACGGGACGGCCAAGAGCGGCGUCGGCGUCGCCUCGAUGGGGGUCAUGCGCCCCGAGCUCGUCAUGAAGUCCAUCGUCCCCGUCGUCAUGGCCGGAGUCCUCGGCAUCUACGGCCUCAUCAUCGCCGUCAUCAUAUCCACCGGGAUCAACCCCAAGGCCAAGCCCUACUUCCUCUUCGACGGCUACGCGCACCUCUCCUCCGGACUCGCCUGCGGCCUCGCCGGGCUCGCCGCCGGAAUGGCCAUCGGCAUCGUCGGAGACGCGGGUGUCAGGGCAAAUGCACAGCAGCCAAAGUUGUUUGUGGGCAUGAUCCUCAUCCUCAUCUUCGCGGAAGCUCUUGCUCUGUACGGUCUCAUCGUCGGUAUCAUCCUCUCCUCUCGCGCUGGCCAAUCUCGUGCCGAUUAGAGAGGGGGUCAGAGAAGCGCACACGACUCAUGCAUCAUUGUAUUCAAAGUGUUCCUUUUCUCGGUGAACAUUGUGCAGGAUCAUGUUGAGCCUGUUCCACCCUUUGUAAUAUUAUUAUUAUUAUUAUGCCAAGACAAUCCUAGCUAGCACUUGUAGUUCGUGCUGUUGUAUUUAUUUGAAAUAAUAGGCAGCAAGCCCCCGGAUGUGAUGAAUAAAUACGCAAGCUGCACUAGUUUUUGUUCAUUCAAUGCCUUUUGAUUUCGUUA